UAUUAUUCUUGAACGACAUGAAGAUUCCUUGUGAACUUCAAUUUGCAAAUAAACUGUUAUGUUAUUGGUGAUUUAAAAAAAAAAAAAAUUGAUUUUAAAAAAUGUGUAUUGAAAUCCAAGCCGCCUUUAUUGAUCAGGAUGAUCCCUCAUCUAUAUUGACGAUUGACCCAGAGGUAUUUUAGAUUUUAAACGUCUAAGAUGAGUUUUUUCAUAAUAUAAUCUUUCAAGAGUUAUCAGAAAAUCCAAUAUCCAAUCAUGCUCUCUGUGGUAACAAUCAAUGAUGAAGAGAAGUUGCGUUCAUUAGCAACGGAAAGCGUUUUUCAUCGUUUUUCCCUUGCAGAGAUUCAGUCAGCUACUCAAAACUUUGAUGAUGAUCUGGUAGUUGGAAAGGGAGGUUUUGGGAAGGUAUACAAAGGCUGUAUCUAUGGUAUUGGAGAUACCACUGAACGCGUUGUUGCCAUUAAACGGUUAGAUUCAUUUUCUAGGCAAGGGGCAUCUGAGUUCAUGACUGAAAUUGAGAUGCUUUCCAAGUUGCGCCACUGCCAUCUUGUGUCUUUAAUUGGUUAUUGUUCUGAUAACAAUGAGAUGAUACUUGUUUACGAGUACAUGCCCAACGGGACAAUUGAGCAUCAUUUGCACAAAGCUGAGACUCCUUUAUCUUGGAUGCAUAGGCUCAAGAUAAGCAUAGGUGCAGCACGAGGAUUAGAUUACCUGCACACCGGUGUGGGUACCCAACAAGGAAUCAUACACCGAGAUGUGAAAAGCUCUAAUAUUCUACUAGAUGAAAAUUGGGCAGCAAAGAUCGCGGAUUUUGGUUUGUCAAAAAUUAUAGAUGAACCAUCUUCUGGUGUGAGUACCGGCCUUAAAGGCACAUUUGGGUAUCUAGAUCCAGAGUACUCCAUGACCGGGCAUUUAACUAGGAAAUCAGAUGUUUAUUCUUUUGGGGUCGUUUUGUUUGAGGUACUAUCUGGGAGGCGUGCAGUCGAUACAAGGUUUAAAGAAGAGGAGUGGAAUUUGGCAAUUUGGGCUAAAAAGUGUGUGAAAGAACGAAGAUUAGAUCAGAUUGUUAGUUCUCAUAUUAUAGCACAAAUUUCUCCAAAAUGCUUGAAUAAGUUUGUCCAGAUUGCAGACCGGUGUUUAAACAACUCCAGAAAAAAGCGCCCCACAAUGGCUGAUGUUGUGGUUACUCUUCAGCAAUCAUUGGCAUUGCAGGAGCAAUUUGACAGUUCAGCGCAGGCUGCAGGUUCAACGGGGUUCACCUAUAAAAUGCAAUAUCUACUUUUCGGGCCUAGACAUAACUCUGGUGACCCUGACACACUGUCAUCCACCCAUAAAGGGGGUAUCGAUCAUUCUUUUAGAAUGUUUUCAUACAGAGAUAUGGAACGAGCCACUAGAAAUUUCAGCAGUCACAUGUUGUUGGGUCGUGGACAUUAUGGAGAGGUAUAUAGAGGUUGGCUUGAUAAGAAGACCUUUUCCCCUUCAACGUCUGAUAAUGGAUUGAUCAUUGCUGUUAAAAGACUCGAUACAUACAAGUUUAAACCUCAUAUGGUAAAGGAGCAGAAGAUGAAACUUUUGGAAGAAUUUAAUGAUCCCAACGUUGUUAAGAUCUUAGGGUACUGCACGGAAGAAGAUUCGAUACUCAUUGUCUACGAGUUCAUGCAUCAAGGAACCUUAAACGAUUAUCUAUUCAGUGUUGAAAGAAGAACAGAGCGACACCUGUUUAUUUCGAGGGUCAAAAUUGCAAUAGGGGUUGCUCGAGGUCUUGCUUUCUUGCGCACACAUCCCCAACUUGAAGAUUGCUCAUUGCAGAUGCACAAUAUAUUGUUGGAUGAGGAAUUUAAUGCAAAACUCUCCGAUUUUGAUGUGAAAAUGUUGGUACCCAGUAGUGAUGCUGAUGAACCCUUGUAUCUCACUCCAAGUUCAUCCUACUAUUUGAAGGUGAAGAGUGGUGUCUUUGGUUUCGGAGUGCUAUUGAUGGAGCUGCUAACGGGGGAACCAAUUGCUAGCGCAAGUGAUCUGGCAGAAACAAGACAUUGUUUACCUGGAGAACAUGGGUUUGUUUCAUUGCCAAGUAUAUAUGGUGCAUUGGAUUGCCGAAUAAGAUUAAACUUCCCGCAAACAAAACCAGCAGUCCAAUUAGCUUUACUUGCUCAAAAAUGUGUUGUGGAUAAAUCCUACCUGCGCCCAACCCUUGAAUCGGUCUUGCAGGAACUAGAAGAAAUCUUUCGCGUCAUGUUAAAUAUUGGUAAUAGUGGUAACUAGAGAGGUGAUUGCUUAAGCAUGAAUAUCAUUGUAGAAUUACUUCCUAAACAAAUUCUUUGUAUGUAUGGUA